AUGUCGCUUGACCAUGUGGACCGUUUUAUCCCGCCUAUGAAGAAAUACCCUAUUCCCAGAGACCAAAUUGUGUCCAUUCUACAAAUCAUUACAGCGUGCUUGCAACGAAUUGCUGCUACGACAGAGCUCGCAGAGGUCGACGCGCUGUACACAGAGUGCGAGACACAGGUCUUAGAAGUCCUUGAAAAAGCGCACGGAACAGCAGGUGACCUACGCAAACUCGCCGCGGCUAUUCUUCAAAUGACACGCGAUCCGUCUCGGUUCAGCAUCGCUGCGCGUCUCUAUGCCAUGGCGUUCCGUCGCGGCGAUGAUGAUGCUGGGUAUUCAUGGGCUACUAUGGUCAUGGAGGGCAUGGUACCUGCAGCCAACAAAGAACUAGAAGUUGCACAAGCCGAGAAAGCUACGCAAACAUACUCUCAACUCGCGAGAAAAGGGCAUGCCCAAGCGCAAUUUGGCAUGGGGCGGCUCGUUCUAGCCAAGAUUCUCUCGCAGAAGGAGCCUUCCUCUGAGCCACAACACAAACAAGUGCAGAUGGCUGUGGAUCUAUGGCAACGUGCCGGCCGCAAUGGCUACGCGGAUGCCUGGUUUGAGCUGGGCCAGCUGUUCCACCAAGGCCAGCUCGUUCCCCGCGACAAGUCUCGUGCCUUGACCUACUUUGAACACGGUGCUCGUGGUGGCAGUGCGAUGGCGUGUCAUGCAUUAGGAACGCUGUAUUUAGCACGCGCCAAGAAGUUUGUUGAGCAAAGUGCCCAAGCUGAAGCGUCUAAAAAUUCCGCGUUGGCGGCUCGGUAUUUUCUGCAAGCAGCCCAGAAAGGGCAUGCUGCAAGUGCCUACAACGUCGGACUUCUGUACCUCCUGCCCCCUGGCGCGGAUAACAACAAGGAGACCAAGGAGCAGCACAAGAUUCGACAUGGGGUCCAGCCGGAUGACCAGAAUGCGCGUGAAUGGUUUAGCGCAGCUGCAUCGAAGAACUUUUUACCCGCUAUGAUGAAUUAUGGCGCCAUGUUGAUGGAAGGCCGUGGCAUGUCAGAGAGCGACACACGCGUUGGCGACCUGGAGGAGGCGCGGCGUGUGUACCAGCGUGCCGUCCAACUGUGCCGCCAGACGCAGGCACGUGCCUCCUCGCCCACAGCGGCACUGCAAGCGACUCAGCGUGAUACCAGCGUGGCGCAGAAUAUGAGGGCGAAGGCUGAAGAAGCCCUCACGCUUAUUGACCACCAGCUUCAAGACAGUGCUAGCCUAUCUGCGGCGGCAUCUACGUCGCGCUCGUGCACCAUUAUGUAA